AUGACGGAAUUCACUGAACCCGAGGCCAAGCUUGAAGCUCUCUUGGGCAUCAUCAACUCCUCUGCACGCCAAGCAAUCGCGGAAUACAAGAAAACUGGACACGGGGUGCCUAGUGCAGACGCAACCACCUUCCACCCCCUCGACUUGGCGACAGAUACGCUCGCCCUCAAGAAGGCCACUAGGCUGCUCGAGGGUGCAUACCACCAGCUGAGCGCAAUACUGGCUCCUCCCCAACACACGGUGAUGAACUUCGUUUUUAAUUACAAUUGGGCAUGUACGAACGUUGCCUUGCGAGCACACAUUGCGGAUGUUCUGGAACAACACCCGGAAGGUCUUAGCGUGGAUAGGAUUGCUGAUGCAGUCGGCCUUGACGAGAGCAAGACUGCACGCAUCUUACGAGCGUUAUCCCUCAUGGGUUGCUUUAAAGAAGUCAAACGAGACGUCUUCGCAAACACCCGACUGUCCCUCAUACUCAAGUCAGCAAACAACACUGGGUGUUACGCACAUUAUCAUUCCCGGGACGUCUCCAAAUAUGCCGGAGUUCUCUAUGAGACUAUGAUUGACGAAGAAUUUUCAAGAUCCCAUGAGGUUGACAAAGCACCUCGAGUAUUUGCCUGCAGGAAAGAGGGUAUGGAGGAGAGUUUCUGGGAAAUGAUGAAAAAUGACGAUGAGAGACGCGAUAUAUUUCACAGAGGCUUGAUUGGCCACAGCGAGAUGAUGGGCACUUCUUCAGUUCUGCAUCAAUACAAUUGGGGCGAUGUAUCCUCUGUGGUGGAUGUCGGCUCUGGCAUUGGAGCGUUUUCCAUGCCUCUGGCGAAAAUGUUCCCUCAUCUCAGAAUAACCAAUCAUGAUCUCCCGGAAGUUAUGGUACAGGCACGGAAUGCAUGGGAGGAGAAUGUUCCUGAGGCUCUACUCGACGGGCGCGUGGAGUUCGUGCCAAUCAAUUUUUUCGAGGACAUACCUGUUGCUGGGAAGGAUGUCUACUAUUUGAGGCACAUUAUCCACAACUGGCCAGACGCUGAGGCAACGACGAUCCUCCAUAAUAUUCGCAAGGCUAUGGGACCAAACAGCGUAGUGCUAAUUCCGUCCUCUUCCACUCAUUCCAAGAACCUGGCCGUUGCCCCUGAACCUAUGUUACCGAACUUCGGAGCAGGCAGUCACAGAGUGUACCAGAUAGACCUGACCAUGUGGUUCCUUCUGAAUUCCAAGGAACGAACCUUGGAUGAGUUCAAGACUAUUGCGGCGGCGGCUGGUCUAGCGCUCACCCAAGUUUAUGAUCUCGUAGAAACAAUGGUCAUUGAGUUCAGAAUCGCUCAGAACUGA